AUGAUGCAGCAGAUUUUGAGGGACAUGUACAUCGAUCCGGACCUGCUGGCGGAGCUCAACGAGGAGCAGAAGCAUAUCCUAUUCUAUAAGAUCCGCCAGGAGCAGGUGAGGCGCUGGGAUGAGAGGGAGAACCGAGAGAACCAGGAGAACCAGGACCAGGGAAAGAAGGGUGAGUCUGGCAGGAGAAGUAUCCAGUGGCUGCAGGGCUGCGAUGGGGACGUGUGGGUGUGGGUGAUGGGCGACGCUCCUGGGGAUAAGCCUUAUGAGGACAUCAUCAAGGAGCUGAUGGGGGAGAAAGCCAGACGGCAGGCUCAGCAGGAGGCCAAGGAGCUCUGGCGAACCAAAGAGGCUGAGAUCGAGGAGAAGUUCCGGGAUGCUAUGGCGAAGGAGAAGGCCCGUUUUGUGGCAGGGAAGUGGAAAGAAGAAACGGAGGACAGGAAGGCUGCCAAGCAGGAAGAGGAACACAUCCAGGAGUCUCUCAAGAAACGAGAGGAGGAGGAGAGACAGCAAGGUGAGGAGGAGAUAAAACGUGCAGAGGAGAAGAGAGCGAGGGAGCUGUAUAUCUCCCUAGAGCAGGAACAGAGAAGGAGUGAGAAGGAUGACAAGGAAUGGGAGGAGCAACUGUGGCGCUCUAAGAUGGCUGACCAGGAGAUGCAGAGAAAAGCAAGGCGGGCACGGGAUGAGUACAAGCGGCAGUCCCUGCGGGCUAUAGAGAAGGGCCGUGUGGCAGGGCUCAGUGGGCUGUUCCAGCAGGGCCCAGUGGUGGGGAACGGACCAACAGCAGCCCCCUUCAGGAGAUACAGCAACGUGCUAGAGUCCUCCUCCUCCACCACCCACCGCCCCGGCCUCCAGCCUGCUACUCCUCCACUGUACCGCCGUAGACAGAGCCAAAGGCACAGCACCAUUGUUACACAGCCACUGAUGGACAGUCCUGCCUGGGUGAGAGCCCCCCGGCCCAGCUCCAGAGAGUGUGUUUUGCUGUGGUUCAAAGAAGAGCAGACGCCCAAACAGGCUGGCUAUGAGCGCAACAGCACCACCAUCGCCCCCUGGUUCCACGGUCUGAUUUCCAGACAGGAGUCAGAGACCCUGCUGAUGAACACAGCAGAGGGCUCCUUCCUGGUGAGGGUGAGUGACAGGAUCUGGGGAUACACGCUGUCCUAUCGCACAGCCGACGGCUUCAAACACUUCCUGAUCGACGCAUCAGGAGACUACUACAGCUUCCUGGGUGUGGACCAGAACCGCCACGCCACCUUGGCUGACCUCAUCGACUUCCACAAGGAGGAGGUGAUCACCACAUCAGGAGGAGAGCUUCUGCAGGAGGCAUGUAAACGUACAGUCUCAGCCACGGACUAUGGGGGGCUCUUCCAAUGA